AUGGAUGCAUUACUAACAUUUUUACUUGCUAUUUUGAUUUUGGAUAUUACUAGUAGCGAAGAUAAUGCAACUGUGCUGUACUACUAUGGCUUAGAGGAAAGUGAGCGUGGUUUGCCUCGAUGUGGGCAAGGGCAAGCGUGCUCCGCACUAGUAGCACGUUACUGGCGUCCGCGUGCGCUACUACGGCUUUGUCGAUGCACGCGACGUCAGCGCUGCGACACACCCGCAUCCCCCGAUAGACUUAUUGAAAUCAACAAUCGCGCUUAUUUACAGUUCUGCACUCCUGUCUCAACUUGGCCGGAGUGUAACCCAAUCGAUACUCCACUUCACGUCGAGACAUCUCACAGGAUACUGAACCCGGACGAAAUAGAGCAAAUGCAUCAUCAGAACAUACAACUCACGCCGCCUAAAAUAACUCUUUCUUGCCGAUGUCGGUAUCCAAACUAUUGGAAGAUAAAAACUGAAGUAGACAAUAAUGCUACAUAUCAUUGUUCAUCGCUGCCCCUUUGCAAAUCCGGCGACUUUUGCGGAAAUGUCGAUAAUCAUCUACUAACUCUAUACCAAUCUUGUUUGUGUCCCAAAAAUCAUAUUUGCGUACAUAAUGGCGGUGUAACACACAUACAAAUAACUGAAUUGCUAUACCAAGGCCUUGGUUGGAAAGCUUUUUGUCAACCGAUUAGUGAUGAUUAUAGCUAUGAGGACAUUUAG